AUGUCCAGCCUGCAGCUCUGGUCUUGCAUAGCUCUGACUCUUGCUCUGGUCUCCAGCAGCACACCCACUCCCAGCUCUGCAGAGGAAACGCAGCAACAAGUGCAGCAGGUCCUCCUGGACUUGCAGCUGCUCUUGAAAGGAGUUAAUAAUUGCAAGAGUCCCAUACUGUCCAGGAUGCUCACAUUUAAAUUUUACAUGCCAAAGAAGGCCACAGAACUGAAACAUCUUCAGUGCUUAGAAGAAGAGCUUGGACCUCUGCAGGAAGUGCUAAAGUUAGCUCAAAGCAAAAACAUUCACUUAAAAAAUAGCAGGGAUAUCAUCAGCAACAUCAAAGUGACUGUUCUGAAACUAAAGGGAUCUGAAACACUUCUGUGUGAAUAUAAUGAUGAGACGGUGACCAUUGUAGAAUUCCUGAGCAGAUGGAUAACCUUUUGUCAAGGCAUAAUGUCAAGACUGACUUGA